AUGGGGAAGUCUCCAGCGAAGUGGAUCAAGUCCGUGCUCUUCGGGAAGAAGUCAUCGUCGAGGUCCGGCUCCACCAAGGCCAAGGAUUUAUCGAAGGGUGCGAGUAACAAAGGGUAUGCUGCUGCCGGGAAGGAGCCCGCUUUCUCCGAGAGCUCUCCGGUGAUCUCGGAGCCUGUGCUUGUUAGCGCCCACAACAAUGAGACCGAGCGGGAGGUGGCCAAGGGUGAGAAUUCCAGCGUGCAAGAAGAAGUGCCAGUGACUGAUGUCAGUCAAGACUUGGAGAAGCAGGGCACUGUGGGUUCUGAUACGUCCAAUGAUGCUGAUAGGUUGAGGGAAGAGCAAGCGGCCGUGAAGGCACAGGCUGCCUUCCGUGGCUAUCUGGCACGCCGAGCAUUCCGUGCCCUCAAAGGGAUCAUAAGACUACAGGCGCUGAUUCGGGGACAUCUUGUAAGGAGGCAAGCUGUUUCAACUCUCCGUGCAACAUGGUUGAUUGUGAAGUUUCAAGCCCUGGCCCGUGGAAGGAACGUUAGACUUUCUCAACCUUCCAUUCAAGCAACUAGGGAACUUUCCCAACAGAAGUUCGGGGGUGCUAAACCUCCUUCCUGGAAGGAGAAGUUGUCUUCAAAUGCAUUUGCUCGCACGCUUCUUUCUUCACCAAUUGUGGUUGAGGCUCUUCACUUCCAGUAUGAUGAGAUGGACCCUAAUUCAGCCUUCACUUGGUUAGAGAGGUGGACGAUAAGUCAUGUAUGGAAGCCCAUUUCCCAACCAAAGAGAGUUGGUGCUGAUGCUAAGCCACAUACAAGGAAGGCCAGUUAUGCAAUGGAAACAGAGUCAGCGAAAUUAAAGCGUAAUGCACGGAAGAGCUCUGCAGUGCCAUUUGAACCUUCUCAAACAAACACCGCCAUUGAAAUUGAGAAGACAAGACGGAAUCCAAGGAAAUUAAGUAGCACUCCUGCUGAGUCGGUUCCUGAUGGCCAGUUAACAGAACUUGAGAAGGUUAAACGUAGCCUUAGGAAGGUUACUAAUUCCAUGGCUGAAACCUCAAAGACACCUAAUCCAACAACUGAGAUUCCUGACCAUCAAGAGGUCCAAUGUGAGACACCACUAAGAAGUGCAAAGCAAGUUCCAAUUCAUCCUGAGAAUCAAGAGCCUCGGAAUGUUAAUCUAUCGGACAAUGCAAAGAUGGAUAUUCUGGUACCUGAUAUCCAGCCUGACGUGGAAGUUUCUUCAGAUCCAGUCACAAUCACAAAUGAAGAAAAAGUUGUUGAACCACCGUCAGUUGUUUCUCCAGUGGCUGAAAUUAUGCCGCUGCAAGACAUUAACAAUGAAGAAAAUGCUUUGGUGAAUGAUGUGGAAGAGAGAUCCAAAGAAGAACAUCCUUCUACUGAGAGCCUGAAAGGCAGCAAGAGGAGAUCUUCAUUCUCAACUAAGCCUGAAUAUCCAGAAAAUGGCUCCAAAAAUUCUCCAGCUCUGCCAAGCUACAUGGCUGCUACACAAUCUGCAAAGGCGAAACUGCGGGGAAAUAGUUCACCAAGACUUAGCUCUGAUUCAGCAGAGAAAAACGGGUUCACUCGUCGUCACUCCCUUCCGUCCUCUAACAAUGGUAAGAUGAUUUCACAUUCUCCACGUACACAAAGGCCAACCCAUGCUGGUGGCAAGGAUGGAGCAAAAGGCGACAAGGCUAUGCUGUCAUCAAGAGAUGCGAGCGAGAGACCACUGAAAGCUGAGUGGAGACGUUGA